AUGCAUCUGAAUGAAUCUUACUUCUCACUGGUUUUGACUUUGCAUUCUUUGGAACUGCCUGAGACAAAUAUUUAUCCUGCAUUCAUUUUUGGAAUAGUGGCAUACUUGUUUAUCUUGCUGUGUAAUUUAACAAUCAUUGUCACCAUUUGCUUGAACAGAAAUCUUCAUAAACCAAUGUACAUACUGUUGCUCAACUUGCCGAUCAAUGAUGCAAUGGGUGCUACAAGCCUUUUUCCUCAGCUGCUGUACAGUAUCUGGUCUCAGGACAGAUCAAUAUCGUACUCUGCAUGUUUGAUUCAAGGCUUUUUUGUACAUCUUUAUGGCGGCGCAUCUUAUCUUAUUCUUACCGCUAUGGCCUAUGACAGAUAUAUCGCAAUCUGCUGCCCACUGAGAUAUGGAGCUAUUAUGACAACCAAUAACUUGUUCAAAAUCAUCAUUGGUAUGUGGCUUUUUAAUUUUGUUUGUAUAAUUGUAAUAUUUGUUCUUAUGUUGCCUUACAGGAUUUGCCAGACAUACAUAGCAGAUCUUGUGUGCUACAAAGCCACAUUAUUGAAACUCUUAUGCGACGGCAUAGAGGUGAACAAUAUUUUCGGAUUGUUUUGCAUCAUUUUUUACCACUGUCUCGCUUUUUCUGUUGUGGCUUUCACAUAUAUUCAAAUAUUAAUCACUUGUGUUACUAAUAAGCAGUCGGACGCAAAGGUUAAGGCUCUUCAGACAUGUGGGACUCAUUUGGUGGUCUUUCUGUUGUUAGAGUUCAACACACUGUUUCCAAUGCUUUCUCAUCGAUCUGAGAUCAUUCCUGCUUUCCUACGCAGAGUGUUUUCUGUAUCCAAUUUUAUCUUUCCUCCUCUCGUGAAUCCACUUGUUUAUGGUUUUAAAACUAAAGAGAUCAGACAGACUACUUUCAGCUGUUUCAAUAACAAGAAGAUAGGUAGUUUCUGA